CCUCCCAUCCCGGCCUCCGCCUCCUCCGCCCGCGCCCGCUCCCCGGGGCCCCCUGCCCGGCCGGGCGCUGACCGCAGGGGCGGGGGUCCCCGCCGCCGCCGCCGCGUCUCACGCAGACUGCGUCUGGGGCAGCGGAGCCUCCGGGCGGCCAUGGACUGGCCCCUGGUGGCGUCGGCGGAGGCGGAGGAGGAACUGGAGUGGUUAGUGGCGAGUCGCAGGAGGAAGGCCUGGGCCAAGUGCCGCGGCUCCUGGCAAGCGUCGGAGGCGGAGGACCUGUCCACAGAAGCGGCGACGCAGGACGAGGACGAGGACGGCGACGAGGACCUCCCUGGCGAGAAGCUGCCAGCGGCCGCAGGGAGAGGAAACGUGCCUAACGAGAAGAUCGCGAUAUGGCUCAAGGACUGCCGUACCCCUUUGGGAGCCUCACUGGAUGAGCAAAGCAGUAAUACACUCAAGGGUGUGCUUGUGAGAAAUGGAGGAAGUUUUGAAGAUGAUUUGUCAUUGGGAGCUGAAGCCAAUCAACUCCAUGACACUGAUGCACAAAUUGAAAACUGCAAUAAUAUGUUGGCCAAAGAGAGAAGACUACAGUUUCAUCAGAAAGGGAGAAGUAUGAAUUCCACUGGAUCUGGGAAGAGUAGUGGGACAGUCUCAAGUGUUUCAGAGUUGUUGGAACUUUAUGAGGAAGAUCCUGAAGAAAUUCUUUAUAAUCUUGGAUUUGGACGAGAUGAACCAGAUAUUGCUUCUAAAAUCCCCUCCAGAUUUUUUAAUUCAUCAUCAUUUGCCAGAGGGAUAGAUAUUAAAGUAUUUUUGAGUGCUCAGAUGCAACGGAUGGAAGUAGAAAACCCAAAUUAUGCUUUAACAAGCCGAUUUCGUCAAAUUGAAGUGCUUACUACUGUGGCCAAUGCAUUUUCUUCUUUAUAUUCCCAAGUGUCUGGGACUCCCCUGCAGAGAAUUGGAAGUAUGUCCUCAGUGACCUCUAACAAGGAGACAGACACACCUCCACCUUUAACCCGAAGUAACACUGCAAAUCGUUUAAUGAAAACACUGUCAAAACUAAAUUUAUGUGUUGAUAAAACAGAGAAAGGAGAAGGUAGUAGCCCGUCCCCAGCAACUGAAAAAGGAAAGAUUCUGAAUGUUUCAGUGAUCGAAGAAAGUGGCAAUAAAAAUGAUCAAAAGUCUCAAAAAAGUGUAAAGAAGAAAGAGUCAUCUUCCAUGUUGGCUACAGUUAAAGAAGAAGUACCAGGUAGUUCAGCAGUUGUUACAGAGAAUGCUGACAUUGAUAGACUUUUUGAUAAAGCAAACAGUAGUUUUAACCAAGAAACUGAAAGUGAGCAAGGUAAAGAAACUCGAAGUCAUGAGAAUAAACUGGGUAAGAAAUCUGGUAUUACAGAAUCUGAUUUAGGUAGUGAUUUCAACAUGUCCAGACCCUGUGAGCUGGAAAAUAGCAACGAGCUGAAAAGUGUCCAUAUGUCCACACCUGAAAAAGAGCCAUGUGCACCACUGACGCUCCCAUCCAUAAGAAAUAUAAUGGCACAGCAGAAGGACUCCUUUGAAAUGGAAGAGGUUCAAAGUACGGAGGGUGAAGCUCCUCAUGUUCCAGCCGCUUACCAGCUAGGUCUUACCAAGUCAAAGCGAGAUCACCUGUUACGUACUGCAAGUCAGCAUUCUGAUAGCAGUGGUUUUGCUGAAGAUUCAACAGACUGCCUCUCCCUUAAUCAGCUUCAGGUUCAUGAGUCCUUGCAAGCCAUGGGGAGUAGUGCUGAUAGUUGUGACAGUGAGACCACAGUCACGUCAUUUGGUGAAGACCUUGUUACACCUACAGCACAAGACCAGCCUUAUUUUAAUGAAUCAGAAGAAGAGUUUCUUGUCCCUCUUCGGAAGGGGCGAGAGAAGGCAGCAGCAGCUGCUGAAAAGAGAAGGUCAGAUAGCCAGGAUCUCCCCCAGAGUGAGACUAUUGAGCACACUGGAAGUAAACAGUCUACCUGUAGUUCAGGGGUCCACCUUACUGAAAUUAUUGAAAUGGAAGAGGUUUUCUCUUCAGCCCAGCCAGUGGAGCUGCUGAGGGAAGCAAGUGCUGAGAGUGAUGGGGACAAAAGCAGUGAAUGUGAGUUUGCCCACUACGCCACACACCAUAUUCUCACCUCACUGGCGUCUCUUGAAGCUAAAUGCAGUGAGAAGGGCUUGGAAACUUCAACUGGGCCUCCCUCUUCUGUGGACAGAGUUAAUACAGCUUUGCAAAGAGCACAAAUGAAGGUUUGCAGUCUGUCUAAUCAAAGAGUAGGGCGUAGCUUGAUAAAAUCAAAAGAUCUAUUAAAAAAGAGGUACUUACUUACAAAAGCUGGCUAUCCUCUGAGAAGGUCUCAGUCUUUACCAACCACCUUACUAAACCCAGUAAGGGUUGUGUCUUCUGUCAAUGUUCGGUUGUCUCCAGGAAAAGAGACCAGAUGCAGUCCACCUUCCUUCACCUAUAAAUAUACACCUGAAGAGGAACAGAAGUUAGAGGUAAUUGAGCACGAUGGCCAGUCUUUAGUUAAGUCCACUCUUUUCAUCUCUCCAUCAUCUGUGAAAGAAUCAGCUCCUCUGAGUGAGGCAAACCGGUUGGAAGAAUGCCAUCAUCAAAGGACUCCUACCUGUUCGUUGUGUGCUCUGGCACCGCUGUCUCAGUCCACCUGCUCCCUUCACUCUGUCCACUCGGAGUGGCAGGAAAGGCCCCUGUGUGAGCACAUGAGAACUCUGAGCUCUCACAGUGUUCCCAACAUAUCAGGUGCCACCUGCAGUGCCUUCAGCCCCCCUUUUGGGUGUCCUUACUCACAUAGACAUGCUGCCCAUCCUUACCGAGUGUGCUCUGUGAACCCUCCUUCUGCCAUCGAGAUGCAGUUGCGAAGAGUGUUGCACGAUAUUAGAAACUCACUACAGAAUCUUUCACAGUACCCUGUGAUGGGAGGGCCUGACCUUGCUGCUGCUCCAUAUAGUACUCAGAGAUCACCCGUCCUACCUCUUCAUGAAAAUACUUUUCAGGAGCUCCAGGUAAUGAGGCGGAGCCUGAAUUUGUUCAGAACGCAAAUGAUGGAUUUAGAAUUGACAAUGCUGCGUCAGCAAACCAUGGUUUAUCAUCAUAUGACUGAGGAAGAAAGGUAUGAAGUUGAUCAGCUCCAGAGUUUGAGAAAUUCAGUCCGCAUGGAACUCCAGGACUUGGAACUGCAGCUGGAAGAACGGCUGCUGGGCCUGGAGGAGCAGCUUCGCAUGCGCGGGCCGUCGCCCUUCCGCCCAUCAGCACUUGUGGGGAUGUGUGGCAGUAGAAGCACCGACAACUUGUCCUGCUCUUCUCCAUUGAAUGUAAUGGAACCAGUCACAGAACUGAUGCAGGAACAGUCUUACCUGAAGUGUGAAUUGGGCAUAGGACUCAGAGAAAUGGGAUUUGAAAUUCCUCCUGGAGAAAGCUCAGAGUCUGUUUUCUCCCAAGCAACAUCAGAGUCAUCUUCUGUAUGUUCCGGUCCCUCUCAUGCUAACAGAAGAACUGGAGUACCUCCUAGUGACUCAGCAGGCAGACCCAAGACCCGUCUGGUACCAAGCAAGAAAGUGUACCGAGCAUCAGUUGCUUUAACACCAACUGCUCCUUCUAGAAUGGGCUCUGUACAGACGCCUCCGGAUGUAGAAAGUUCUGGGGAAGUUGGAGCACCUGAAGAAGCCUCAGAGGCUGUAGGACCAAAAUCUGAAGAGGAGGACAGAUGUGGAAAAAUCCCAUUAAUGCCAGCUGCUAAGGAAAUGCAUAAAAACUUGGAGCAAGAUGAGUUGCAGCAAGUUAUACGGGAAAUUAAACAGUCUAUUGUUGGGGAAAUCAGACGGGAAAUUGUAAGUGGACUUUUGGCAGCGGUAUCUUCAAGCAAAGCAUCUAAUUCUAAGCAAGAUAGUCAUUAAAUGGAAUUUGGAGGUUGCCGUGGAUCCUGUUUUCUGUGUGAUAUUGGACUCAUCAAUGGUAUACACUGGUGGAGGUAUUAUUGUGCUUCAGAAGAUACUUGCUGCUGAGCUGGGCUACUGUGUACAGUAUACAAUGUUUAUUUCUUCUAUGCACAUCUUUUUAAAAGCAUCCAUAGAAACUUAGACACUUUGUUGAUUUUCUUUAAUAAACUAUCAAAACUGUAGCUGUUUGAAAAGCCUAAUAUUUAUUUGUAUGUCGAUAUUUUCCAAUUGAUUCCCUAUGUAGAAUUAAUUUUAAAACUUGAAAACUUCCAGACUUAAUCAACUUAUAAAUAACAUAUUUCUUCGGACUAGCUUCUUAAAACACUGACCUCUAUGAGGUAUUUACUGUGCAAUAACUGAUUCAUUUUUUGAGAGCUUGAAGCAACGAAUGAUUUUCCCUCCACUACUGUUAGUGUCCCUUCCAAGGAGAAAAAUUGUUCUGUUGUAAAAAUUGCUCUUAAUUCUUGAGGAGGUUACUAAUAGCAGUAGGAUAGAAUGAUAGGUGGUUACCUACAACUACUUAAUGUUCUUACACUGUAAGCAUUGUUACCUUACCCAAGACAAAUGUAAUUUUAUUAUAGCUUAUGUAGUAUUUUUCUUUUGAAAACAUGCCUUUUGUUAAGUACUUUUUGCAUUGUCCAGACUUCUUUAUUAUAGAGAGAUGUUUCUUCUGUGUUUUCAACUAAAUAGUAGAGUACUGCCAAAAUAAUGGGGCCUCUGACUUGAAUGGAUAGAAAUGAGUAAGCUGGUUUUGUUUUUUCAAAUGGAAGUAUUUUAGAUUUGUUCUCUUUAUAACAGAUGGUUUUAAUUCAGUUUUAACCAGUGAGAACUGUUGUUCUUAUGAAAAAUAAAGUGGUUUCCUACUUAGUUUUAUACGUGUUAAAUAAAUGUAUAAAGUAACAACCAAAUUUAUUAGAAUUACUCUUUUAGCAUUUAUAAUUUUCAACUCAUUUCUUUGUCUGAAAUUUUAAUCAAAAGUGGUUGAGAUGUUAACAAUAUUCUUUGAAAGAAUAUCUAAAAGGUUUAUGAAUGAGUUACCACACAAAGGCUGAUUUCUAAAUAAAUAAAUAAAUAAAACAAUAAAGUAUUUAUUUUGCCUAA